AUGAGAAUCCACUGUUUCAGCUGUCUAUUUUAUUUCCUCGCCCGAACUCGUUGUUGGAAGAAGAAUGUGGCGUGGAAUGACUGGAAUACUAUUCACUACAAUGACAAAGGAUCGGAUAUUUACAGUCUGACGAUUCCUCGAGCCAAGUUGAUGCCUCCACUCGAUGUCACUUCUCUGGGCUCGGAUGGAAGUCAAUAUACAAUUAAAGAAGAGAUUGAACGGCAAGUGGUUACAGACAUCACUAGGACCGAGCUGGGGGCAGCCAGCGAUGGGCAGAAUAUGAUUGUGGACACUAAUUAUGCACAGGUGACGUGUUAUACUCUUAUUGAUGACAUUUUCUCGCAUGAAACAGGAUAAACCAAGACCUUCCUUGUUUCAGGUGACCUACACCUCACCGGAGCUAGAGCGCGACGAAAAUGUCGCCACAUUCGCCAACUCGCAACGAAACAUGCGGCUCAAUUCGGUGGCAACGGAAGAAGAGAACUAUUCCAACAGUAGCUAUCAAACGGAAGGUGUUUAUCAUCUACGGGAGAAUGAAGAGCGCCGACCGAUGAGUCGGUUGGCUGAGCGAACUACCGGUCGAUUGUAG